GACAUUUUUGCAGUGAACAAUGACUGAAGAUGUAGAAAUUAGCUCAGAGUCUCUCUCCACUAGUGAAGAGUUUGAAAUCCUUUGUGGCGCUGAAUCUGUGUUAGCAAAACCAGAUUUGAAAAAUACUGAGAAAUGUGAUUCUUUAUUCAGACCUGAAUCUAGUCUUUUUAACUCUACUCAAGCCAUUCCUGUUACAAGCCAAAAAUGUGCUGAGAAGGUUGUACGAUGCGAAAAGCAAUUAAAAGGAGAAGUAGUUACGGAUCACCCUCUUGCAUUACUUCUGCCUGAGAGUGGAGAUAAAUCUGAUAACACAACUAUGCCAUCUGCUUCUAAUACUAAAAGUGAAAGUGUCAAAUCACCGGAGUCUGCUAUUGCUGGUGCAAAUAUAGGCUUAACGCCAUCUUUUAGCUCUUUAGAUGAAAUUAGCCUUUCUCAUUCAUCAUCUCUACAGUUUGCAGAAACAGACUGUUCUAUGUUUCCACACAUUACAUAUUUAGGAUGUGCUGUUAUAAAUGCUCCUAGAAGUGAGAAAGAAAUCCAAAGAAACAUGGCCAUUUUAAAUGAGCAAGCUUUGGACCAUGCUAUACAAAUUACUCUUUCUGUUCCUAGUCACUCUGAGGGAUGCGUAACGUUAUUAGAUUCUGAAGGUCCCAAUGAAAUUGCCAGCUUUUUAAUUCACUGCAUUCUUUUUUGCGCAAGGGGUAGACCUGAUACUCCUGAAAAAGAAUGUUUUGCAUUUGCUUGUAGUCAUGGAGAAACAGCUGAGACAUCUAUAUUCCAUUGCCAUAUUUUUAAAUGUGACAGUCCUGAAACAGUUGUGAAACUUUUGCAAUGUUUUGCUGCUGCGUUUCAUCGUGUUCCUAAACUCUCUCAGGGUCGAGCAGGCUCCAUUUCAUCUGAAAGAAAUAUACCUGUUGGCUUAUCUGUAAAAAAUAACCAGCAAGUUUUCAUUUAUGAAACAGUAUUGGAUAUCAAAGAAGAAGAUUCAAAGGGAAAUUUUGUGUCCUGUCCAAGAGAAAAAGAUUACUUUAAGUUACGCUGCAAUUUAGAGAAGAUGAUUUCUGUGACUAUUAAUCAAAUAUCUAGCAAUAAGGAAUUGAAUAUUCAACUUUGUUUCGGCUUGUUAAUUACUCCAGGACGAAACUUGGAUCAUUCUGAAAUGCAUGCUCUAGAAGGUGUUUUGAUGAAUAAAGUUGUUAAUGGAGAUAAAACAUUGUAUCAUAUAUCUGCUAGUUGGAAUCCUGUUGAUCCAAUUUUUGAAAUUUUAAACACACCUACAACUCGAGAUGGCCAAGUAUAUUUAAGUGUUGGCGUGGAUUUGGUGUUUGCUGGUAUUGAUGAGCCUACUAGAUUUGUCAUUGAAACAAAGGCCAAAGUGUUUCCUUCAAAUGAGCGUUUUUGGUAUUUUUCAAAGAGAGCGUUGCAUGAUCAGUUUUAUUUAAGACUCAAAGAGAUUGAAAGUGAGCAAGAGAAAUAUCCAACUUAUGAAGUAGUCAGCUUAGAAAAUUCAGCUCGGAAAAAAUUUCCAUCCAGUAGGUCAUAUCAGGGAAGUGAAUAUUCUACAACCUCACACGACCAAGAUACAGAAUCAGAUAAUGAUGAGCCUCUUCCAAGCGGAACUGGGGAAGUGAGUAAGGAAUGUACAACGGAUGAAUUAGAAGGUUGGGCUGAAGUACUGCAAAGAUGGAGGCAGAAUUUAAUGCAGAGACCUAAGCAACUUUCUCCACUAGUAAAGCGUGGAAUUCCUGAGGCCCUUCGUGGUGAAGUUUGGCAGUUACUUGCUGGUUGUAUUGAUGACAGACAGAUAGUUGAUACAUAUAGAAACUUAAUUUCUCAGGAAUCAACUUGCGGCAGUGCCAUUCAGCGAGACAUUAAUCGUACUUUCCCUGCUCAUGAAUAUUUCAAAGAAAGUGGUGGUAUUGGUCAGGAUUCUUUAUUUAAAAUUUGUAAGGCUUAUUCUGUUUACGAUCCAGAAGUAGGAUAUUGCCAAGGACAGUCUUUUUUAGCUGCUGCAUUACUUUUGCAUAUUCCGGAAGAGCAAGCUUUUAGUAUUCUUGUUAAGAUUAUGUUUGAAUAUGGGCUUAGAGAUCUCUUUAAAAAUAGUUUUGAAGAACUGCACUUGAGAUUAUAUCAGCUGGACAAAUUGAUUGAGGAUCAACUACCUGAACUUCAUGCACAUUUUACAGAUUUAGGAAUUGAAAUGCACAUGUUUGCUUCUCAAUGGUUCUUAACUUUGUAUACUUCAAAAUUUCCAUUAGUGGUAGUUUUUUAUAUCUUGGAUUUGUUUUUAUUAGAUGGCAUAGAGACGUUGUUUCAAGUAGCUUUAGCACUUCUGAUGCUGUCCAAGAAAGAUUUACUUGCAUUAGAUUUUGAAGGCACUCUGAAAUAUUUUCGCGUUACUCUUCCAAAAAAAUAUAGAACUGAAAAAAGUGCCAGGGACUUACUCUCAACUGCCAUAAAUGUUAAGGUCAAAAAGGUAAAGAAAUUUGCCAAAGAUUAUGCAGCUUUUAAGGAACAACAGAAAAAUUAUGAAGAUCCAUUAUCUAAAUUACAGAAAGAAAACAACAUGUACCAGUUAAGAAGUUUUAGAUUAGAACAUGAAAAUGAUGAUUUAGCGAAUGAACUUAUCACUGUCAAGACUCAGUUGGGCGGAGAAUUAAAAAUAGCCUAUGAGAAGUUAGAGACUUACUGUAGAGAAUUAAGUUUAACUAAGAAGUCUUUGGCCGAAAUGGAAGACGAGAAAAGACGUUUGGAAACAGAAGUUAAUCAGUUAAAAGAACUUUGUAGAAGAGAACUACAGCAAGCAGAAAGUGAAAUUUCUCGAAAUAACUCAAUAAUCUCGGAAUAUAAACAGAUUUGUAGUCAAUUGAAUUCACGAUUGGAAAAAGAACAAAAAUUGUUUGAAGACUAUUUGAAUACUGUAAAGAAUGAAGUUGGCGCAUGUGAAAACUGUUCUAAGAAACUUGUUACAUCCAAUAAUAUCAUAAUGAAAUCAAAUGGCAACGUGACAAAUGGAUCCAAUAUUGCUCCUGUAGAUAAUGAUGGGCAAGUUAGGGAGCUUGAGCUUGAGCUAGCUCAAACUAAAUUAGCUUUGGUUGAAGCUGAAUGUAAAAAUCAGGAUUUAAUACAUCAGCUUAAUAGUGCCAUUGCUGAAAUUCAAGCUUCAAAAAAUACUUGGUUGCAUAAAACCUGGUCUUCCCUACGUGAUGUAACAAAGAAGGAAGGACCAGCUCCUGAUAGCAAAGACUCAAGUUAAAGCUUUGCUUUCAACUCCAAGUCGAUGUCAUUCCAAGAACUGUUUUCCAUUCCAAAUUGGCAAUUCCAGGCUCUCUCCUUUGGGGAUAUGCAGAUGACUGAUUUUAAUAUUUCUUAUACUCAGCUGUCAACACAAUUUGCUUAAAAUUUCUCAUUGGCACAGAUACAAGGCUUUAAAAAUAUUCAGAACUUUUCAGGAAAAAAGAGAAUUUUUUUUUCCAGCUUUAUUAUUCAACUUGCAUGUAGUAAUUUUCAGAAAUUUUGUAUACAAUCUCGAAAGUUGAGAUUCAUAAAUAUUCCAAUUAUAGUGUUUUUAGAUUUAUUUUAUUUAUGAACAAAUUUAAUGUAAAUUAUUUUAUAUGCAUUGGUUACCUAUACUAUUCAAACUGCUAUGAGCAAAUCAACUUGUUAUAGUAAGAAUUGAGAAGGGUUUUGUACACUCGUGUUUUUAGUUUCCAAAGAACCCCUUUCACUUAAGCCCAAAGCUCACAACUUGGAGCAUUGGAAAACAGGUUCCUUGUAACCUCCAGAACAUAGUUACGCAAUAUUUUAGCUAAUUUGUUGUCAAUUGUUAGUCAUCCUUGUUUAUUUUUCCACAGAGAGAAAUAUUUCACUUAUUUAAAAAGUGUCUUGUUUUUCAACAAUUUCUGUAAUUUUUAUGAAAUGUAUAACAUGUAAGAAAAUCAAGUUUGAGUUUUUAAAUUAUAAAAUUAAAGUGAACAUUUUUGUUUCUUCUGUAAAGGUGCUCCAUUCAAAAAACUUAAGAAUAAUCUUUAUGAGUGUACACAAAUUUCCAGAUGUUUAGAGUUGACUUUUUAUACUCAUCUGCAUACGGUUUGGGUUUUCAUUACCAGGCUCUUUAUUACAACACAAAGUAUGUGGUAAUAUGUAUUUUUGUAAGUUCACACAAUAUGAGUGCAUAUUAAAAUUCCUGAAAAUUACGAAAUAAUUUUAUCAGGAUUGUUGGAAAGCUGAACAUAUUGCUUUCUGUUAGAAAAAAAGCUGAAGACUUUUGUCAAAUGUUAGAUAAUUUCAAAACACUAAUACCUUCUUUUAGAUGUGCUGUUCCAUUCAUUUUUUUUUUUUAAAUUUUUUACUGCAAUUUUUGCAUAAGUACAUGACAAAUAUAAAAUUAAUUGUAAAUGAUUGAACUCUAUCUGCAUUUUUUAUUUUUCUAGUCGUCACAAUGACUGCAGCAAGGAAAAUGUUCUUAGACAGAACAUAAAUUAUUGUGAUACACCUUUAUGGGUUGCAAACGUCUUUCAUAAAUAAGCAAUAUUGAAAACAUUAUGAUGUGACUUUUCACAGAUUUCUUUUCGAUCAUUAAAAAAAAACUUGUGUGUUUAUUAACUGUUGACAAACCUACUGUUUAUCUGCAUAUUCUUAAUUUUGCUAGUCAUCACAAUGACUGCAGCAAGGGGAAAGUUCCUCUGCAUAGCAUAAUUUUUGUGCAAGACAUUUAUAGAUGAAAACAUCUUUUGCAAAGGAAAAUAUGAUUUAAUUUUUCAAAGCAUUUUUACUGAAUUCUUGUUGAGCGUUUUUAAAAAAAAAAAUUUAGUUUGAUUCUAUGGAACCAGUGCCAUUUAUUAUAUUCGUUUGAUGUUAUUUUUGUGUUUGAAAUAUUUUACUUAAAAUGUGUUACAUUCAUAAGCAUACAUACUACAAUAUACUGUUAAAAAUCAUCAUAAACAUCUUAAAAACACUGCAUUUUCAGUUUUCUUGCAUUUAGGCAUUUCCUAUUGUCUUCAAAAAUAGAAAUAUUUGAAAAGCAUUGCAAUUUCUUUUGUACAUAUAUGUAUAGAAUUUAAUGUAUAUGUUGUAAUGUGUACUUGACACAUACUCAAAUUUUGUAAAUAUUGUGAACAGAAGGGUUUGUGUGCAAGCACUUGUAAAAUUGAUAUUUAUUCAGCACUUUUUAUAAGACAAAUAAUUACAUAACGCAAUCUUCAUUGAUAGUAGACUUAUUCUACUGAAAAAAAAUUUCAAGGUUUAUAUUUCUGCCUUGUAGUGAUGCUAUAAAUAUUUCUAAAAGGUUAAAUACUAUUGAUGUGUAGCAUACAUUUUUGCUUUACUUUGAUUUUGUAGUUAUUCAAUUGUUAAAAUAUGUCUGAUAAAGAGAUCUUAUGUUUUGUCUUAUUUAUACCCUAAAUUAAAUUUAUAGAUAAACUAUAUUUCAUUUUUGUUAUCAAUAAAUUAUUUUGUUUUCAGAAAGUUUA